CAGUCAGACCCGGGUACUGAGGGACGUGCUGUGCUGGAGUGCCUGACGCCUGCCCGCGCAGCUUCAUAACAUCACUACAACUUACCAUCACGCAGAGCAGCAUGGGCAUCUCCACCACGGCCGUCAUCAGCCUCACCCUGGCCAGCCUUCUUCUCAUCCAUUUUCAGGCGACGCAGGGGACUCCAGUGUGUCCGGGAACCCGAGAACCUCCACAAGACCUCUCCAAGUGCAAGUUCGGAGUCGUGAAGGACUGGUGUCGGAACACCGUCUGCGCCAAGGGUCCCCGCGAGACGUGUGGCGGGCGCUGGCUCGAGCACGGGCGCUGCGGCCUCGGCAUGUACUGUCGCUGCGGCCACUGUGCAGGCUGUUCCAGUACCUUGGAAUGUGUACUCGGGAGAUUCUGUUGACGCGAGCAGGCCACAGCACCAAAUAUAAUGUCUCCUGUGAUACUCUCUGUGAAUUGCCUCUCUUGAAACGCCAGCUCGCCCAAUAGGUUUCGUUCAAAGGUUCAACGUGUCGACGCAAAAUGAAGAAAAAGAAAGAACACAAGUAAAAGAAGAGGAGGAAUAACACACUUCGCUUUCACAGUUGGUCUCAUUGAAUAUAAACGCCAGAAAAUGAACCUUAAAAAAAAGAAAAAAACAAGGUAACGAAACAGAAUCCAAUCCUCUUGGUCGGCGAUCUGCAACCACGGCCGGGAAUUGCCCAACAAAUGUGAUUUUUUUUUUCCUUCUUUCUUCUCAUUCCUUCUGGUCUUGGAGAAAUCGUCAGUCUCUGAUGAUCAGUCUUCAAGGACUUUUGUGAUAUCUUGAUCUAAGUUAAGGGAUGAUUCACGGAAAUGUCGUCUAAUAGCCUUUAUAUUUAUAAUGUCUCCAGCGAAUCCGUUUUCGUUCACUUCCACAGAGUCAGAAAAAGUUACACUGAUUGCCAUUAUGUACAAUAAAGUUUUGGAAUAGA